GCUUUCCAAACUUGGUGACAAACGUGGGGAACCCAGAACCAAGCAUUGUUGACAACUUGAAUACAAGAAAUUCCACAUAUCUCAUCGUAGUAGUACACUGUAGAAGCAGCGCACAACUCAGGAGAGAGAAGAAGAAGAAGGAAUAUUCACAGUUCAAACGGCAGUUCCUUCCUUGUACCAAAGGGACAUUAUAUUAUUUAAAGAAAAAAAAGGAAAAAGGAAGAGACAAAGUAAACAAUUAUUAGCAUUUAGCACCAACAAGGAGGGUGCUAUCUCUAGAAGAGUGGAGAGUUUGGUGGGUCAUCACGUUGUGUUGUGGAAAGUGUAAAUUGCUCUAAGUGGCCCUUGUUUUGUUUCUUAUCUAGUGCUUGCUUGCUCCAUGAUGUUGAUGCCUUCAACUUCAACCCAUGUGUUCAGUUAAUGGGAGAGCAACAACGUUGCCAACCUCUCUUUCUGUGAUCUCAGUGGGUCAAAACUCAAACCACCAAUUCUUCUAUGUGUAUUGCUUUGGUAGAACUAGUUGAUUUUUCGGGAAUCAGGACUUCCAUUUUUGGAUAAAAGCAAGUCUCGUUUAAUUAUUUGCCUUGAGUUUUUUUACUCCGAAGGAUUAUAAGAACUAGAAAAGUAUAGGAAUUGGUCCAACGAGAAGGUAGAUAGAAUUCAAGAGCUUUAGCCAUGUCUAUGGCAUUACAAUGGGUUGUUACCUCCACCAGCUUAGAGGUCUCGAGCUCCAUGGGCUUUCUUGACUCUGUCCGAGACGUGAGGCUCUUAGAUUCUUCCAAGUUUAUGUCCCGGGACUUUGGGUCAAUUCGAGCAAAGAGGGAUAAGAGAAGGAAAUUUAGAUAUUGCUCUUUGAAUACUGAUAUGAAGUAUGCAAGUGUUGGUCAAUCCGGCCUAGAGAAUGCUAGUAACUUCCCUCUGCUGUCGAAUGUGCUUGCGAACCCAACUGCAGGAGGAGAAGUAGCCGUUUCAUCGGAGAAGAAGGUCUAUGAUGUGGUGCUGAAGCAAGCAUCUCUGGUCAAGAGGAAGCUGAGCUCAACCACUGAACUUGACAUGAAGCCAGAUAUUGCCAUGCCAGGGAACUUGGGCUUGUUGACCGAGGCUUAUAGCCGCUGCGGAGAAGUUUGUGCAGAAUAUGCUAAGACAUUUUACUUGGGAACUCUCCUGAUGACUCCUGAAAGGCGAAAAGCUAUCUGGGCGAUAUACGUAUGGUGUAGGAGAACAGAUGAACUUGUUGAUGGUCCCAAUGCUUCACAUAUUACACCAAGUGCAUUGGAUAGGUGGGAAGCAAGAUUGGAAGAGCUUUUCCAAGGCCGUCCAUUUGAUAUGCUCGAUGCUGCUUUAUCUGAUACAGUUUCCAAUUUUCCCGUUGAUAUUCAGCCAUUCAAAGACAUGAUCGAAGGAAUGAGAAUGGAUCUUCGGAAGUCUCGAUACAAGAACUUUGACGAACUAUAUCUCUACUGUUAUUAUGUUGCGGGCACAGUCGGUUUAAUGAGUGUUCCAGUCAUGGGAAUUUCGCCAGAUUCACAAGCCACGACCGAAAGUGUAUAUAAUGCCGCCUUGGCUCUUGGCAUUGCAAAUCAGCUAACAAACAUACUCAGAGAUGUCGGAGAGGAUGCUAGCAGAGGAAGAGUGUAUCUACCACAAGAUGAGUUGGCUCAGGCAGGGCUUUCGGAUGAGGACAUAUUUGCCGGAAAAGUGACAGACAAAUGGAGGAACUUCAUGAAGAGCCAAAUUAAAAGGGCGAGAAUGUUCUUUGACGAGGCAGAAAAGGGAGUGACAGAGCUUAACGAAGCUAGCCGGUGGCCGGUAUGGGCUUCCUUGCUAUUAUAUCGGCAAAUAUUGGACGAGAUUGAAGCUAAUGAUUACAACAAUUUCACCAAGAGGGCUUAUGUGAGCAAAGCCAAGAAGUUAUUUUCUUUACCAACUGCUUAUGCAAGAUCUAUGGUUCCUCCAUCAAGGAAGUUAUCUCCUGUAAUGAAAGCAUAGAUACAAUUACAAACAUCAUAAAGUUGUGUAGGAAAAAAAAAUGCAAAAAGGGCAUAAUUUGUAUAUGAUGAAAUAUUGUGUUGUGUACAUUAUCCGCUUGUGGUUGAUAUUGGAUUUUUGCCAUUUUCA